AUGCUUUUUCUUUUUCAAGUAAUUGUUCUAGCCUUGAUCUCUCAGGGACAUGAAGCAAUAGCCGCAGAUGGACCCACAUGGUCUUCCGUAGUUGUUCCAGUUAAUAAGCAUACCGAUACUGCUAAUCCUCUUUACAGCGUUCGGAUGUAUAUUAACAACAUGGGAUACACGCAGCAAAAAUUUGUUAUAGAUCUUGAUGCCCCAUUUAUAUGGCACUAUGCCUGGCCGUAUCAAGAAAGUUGCGAGACUUGCCCUGUUGCCAUGACAUGCGGUGCAUCUCAAUGCACAGAGAUGCGGACUACUUACUCAUAUCAGGCUCCUUCCUGCCCUCCCCCAAAUAAUGCCUCUUAUGGAGAUAGGUAUUGGGACUGUGAAUAUUGCCCAGUCAACGUAAUCCACCCUGUUACUGGAGAAUGCGAGCAAGUCCUUCCAAUGUUUGAUGACAAGUUCAUGAUGAACAAAUUCGAUGGCAGACAUGUUCUAUCUGAUUUAUAUUCUACUACUGUUAAUGAUGCGUGUGCGGCUCCUUGGAUAUUUGAAAACAAAUUCCCUGCAGGUGUUGAAGGUGUGAUGGCACUUUCAUCCUCUUUAUAUGCAUUUCCAGCAAAUUUACAUGAUCCGGUUAAAAAAAUUGUAGCUCUAUGCUUGCCAAGCGCCUUAUGGCCUCCCGGGCUUCUGUUUUUUGGAAAUGGCCCGUAUUACCUUCCUACUCAAUCGGAUGUGGAUGUAAGAAGUUUACUUUCUUAUACUCCAUUGCUCAAGCAACCCGAUUCUUUUGGAUACUUUAUUGGAGUCGAUCACAUUGUGAUUAAAAAGAGAUCCCUCAAAGUUCCCGCAAAUACAACUGCCAAGAUAAGUACACUUGACCCUUAUACCACCCUUAGAACUGACAUUUAUAACAGCGUGGUACAUAGGUUUUCUAUGGUGACAAAACGAAUCCCUCCUGCAAAGCCAGUGGCACCCUUUGGUCUUUGUUUCAACACGUCUACCAUUGAUCCCAAAGUCGGUAUAAAAGUACCAAGUAUUGAUUUAGCUCUACAAGGCGGAAAGACCUGGAGUAUAUCCACACGUAACUCCAUCAAGCAAGUCACAAAUGAUGUGGCAUGCCUGGCGUUUAUUGAUGCUGGUGCGACAAGUAAAAACGCAAUUGUGGUGGGAGCAUUUCAGUUCGAGGAUAACUUCCUGACGUUUAAUCUAGAGAAUUCAACCUUUGGGUUUAGUUCCUCAUUGUCACGUGCAAACAUUUCUUGUGCCAACUUUUUUUACUUCGGUCCAUAA